UGCACGACAUCAAGGUGCUGGAGGGUGUCCUGAGGGUAACGAAGUUGGUGAAGGUUCUGGAGCACGAAUCUUAUGAGCAGCAGCUGAGGGAGCUGGAGAAGUUUAGCUGGAGAAGAGAAGGCUCAGUGAAGACCUUAUGGCUCUCUGCUGCUAAAAAGAGGUUUAAUAGGUGGGGGUCGUGUUCUCCCAGGCAGCUGGUGAGAGGACACGAGGCAAUGGCCUCAAGCUCUGCCAGGGGAGGUUCAAGUUGGACAUCCAGAGGAAUUUCUUCACAGAAGUGGUGAUUAGACAUUGGAAUGGGCUUCCCAGAGAGGUGGUGGAGUCACCAUCUCUCAGGGUUGCUUAAGGAAAGAUUGGAUGUGGCAGUUACCUCCUUUCAAGGAGUGGCUGUUCGCAGCCUCAGCACAUCACCCCCUCAUGAUCACCCAGAACAUGGAAGAUUAGUUUAUAAAGGAAAUUUGGCAAAGACWGUGUUAGGUGUGAGGUUUUUCUCUUACUCCACCAGCAUAUUCAACCUGUUCAUGAUGCCCUACAUCAUGCUCAAGAGUGGUAUUGGAGUGGAAAGUCUGCUUGUCCAAGCUGCCUUUUAUGGGUUGAUCGGGUUUUUUACRUUUGUAACUCCGGUUACUUUGCAUAUCCUUACAAAAGGUUACGUGAUCCGACUCUAUUAUAAAGAUGAAGUGGACACCUAUACAGCCAUUACCUACAAUGCCAUCUUGGGAGAAAAAGCAACUGUUUUCCAUCAGAAAGAUGUAAAGAUUCCAGACAUCACCAAGAUGUUUACAACAUUUUAUGCUAAAACRAAAUCAAUGCUUGUUAAUCCUACGCUUUUCCCAAAUCCUCAGGAUUAUAACCAUCUCAUGGGCUAUGACAAAACCCCAUUGUUUAAAUUUGAGGAAUUAGAGGAGGUAAAGGAAGCUGAUGGAAGGAAAUAAUUUGAAGAUAUUGUUGGUGUCAUUGCCCAUAAUGCAGUGUUGUAAAUGUGAAAGAAUGUAAAAAUCUAUUACACUUGCUUAAGUAUCAGGUAGCUUGAGUUUCAAAUAUGCAUCUUGGAAUGUAUAAAAAGAGACAGUUUUUAAAAAAUAUUACAAACAAUGUGAGCAUUUCUUUAGAGUUAACCAUAUAAAGUACAGUAAAAGUAAGGAGAUGCUUAGACCUGUCUUGUGCUUGUUUGUUCUUGUUUUGAUUGUUACUGUUAGCUCUCCAGAGAACUGUAAAACAUAUGAGCUGUGUGCAGUCUCACCUUCUCUGUGUCAAAAAAAGCCAUGUGUAAUAGAAAAAUCAUCAACACCCAUUAGACUCAUCAAGUAUUUAGUUAAGCURUUAAGCCUUAAAUAUUAAUUGUACUUAAUCCAAAAAUGCUGGGCUCUUUAUCGGUGUUGUUGGUGGUAUAAAGAGUGAACAUGGCUUUCCAGUCCCUUUGUGAGACCAUUGGUAGCCAGAAGGAGUCUUUGGAAAGCAGACAGGUGUUCUUGUGAAUUCCUACUACAACCUACUCCCAGAGGAGAGGAGAUCAUGGGGAGGACGACUGUGUUGUAGUAAUCUCUGGCUGCUCAAAACUACUCUCAGGUUU